AUGACAAACAGGGCGGUGGUGUUCAGAAAAUUUGCGGAGACCGGAGUCUGGUCCCGGAAGUGCGGCGGAGGACUGGGAGACACGCAGGGAGCACGUUCUCUCCUCGCUGCAGGCGGCGGCGGUGGCCACGCCGAGUCUCUCGUCCCGCGCGGUGCAGCUGUGAUCGCGAUCGUCGAUCCCGUCGCGGCCCUGCCCGGAUUCCUCGUCGGCGCAGUCACUGUCGGUCACGCAGGUCGCCGUAUUCAGCGGCCGUCGCUCACGCUGAGAGGUGCUGCUGCUCGUCGUCGCGGUCUACCGUGCUCCUACCAUUUUGUCAGCCACGCCAGGGAAUGCAGAAGCUGCUAUUGCCUCCGUUCUCACGCGCUCGGCGUCGGGCACGCCUGUCACGGCGUGUGCUCCGACAUUAUCCUCCCGACGCGCGAUCCGCGACCGCCUUCUUCGUUCGUGCUCACCCACGAGGCUCUGACGCGCCUCCGACGCAGUUCCUGA